AUGAAUGAAAAAAACAGCAUACCUAAUGAAAUAAAAGAUAUUUUGGUUUCUCUGCAUGAAGAACAUAUGAGCUUUCAAAAAUAUUUAUUAGUCAUAAAAAAUUAUAUAGAUGAAGAUCCUAUUAAAAAUUUAAAUAAUAUAGUUGAAUACAUUUUAAAUAAUAUAAAUAUAAGUAAUAUUAGAAGUAAUAUAUGUUAUUAUUUAGCAGACAUAAUAGUAUAUAUUCAAGAAGUAAAUAAAAUUGAUAAUAAUAAUUAUAAUGAAGAAUUAGAAAAAAAGAGUUGUAAUGAUUUAUAUUAUUCUGAAUAUAGAAUAAACAUAAAAGAUGAGAGAUUGAAAAAAUAUGUAGUAAAAGACUUUAGAAAGGAGUUAAUAAUAAAUUGUACAAAAAAUUUAAAUUAUUUGAAAUUAAUGUAUGUGAUUAGUAAUAAUAUUUUACCAAAAAAUGGCUAUGUUUUAUUUAUUAAUAUAUUUCAUAAACACGAAAUAAAUUAUCAAUACAAGUUAUUGUCCUUAGAAUAUUUCGCCAAUAUUGCAAAUCAAAUUAAAUUAGAAAGAGCGAAAUAUAUAGCUCAGAUUCUUCCUCUUGUUUUAGAAAAAUUUUAUAAUAUAGAAGGAGAACCAUACUUUAAUGAUAAUGUAAAUAAUUUAGAUAUAUUAAUAUCUGUAUGUAAAUUUGUUAAUAUUUUAUGUGAUGAAUCAAUUAAAACUCAAGAUGAUGAUAGACAAGAUGUAGCUUUAUAUUCUAUAGUUGCUUUUAUUAUGAGAAUAAUAAAUUAUCAUAGUGUUGAUUUACCAUUAAACAGAAACGUUGAAAAAUUAUUUAAAUACAUAAAUUAUGAAGAUAUUAAUUAUAAUGAAUGUUUAAAAGAAUAUUCGGAAAUAGGUAAAAAUUUUUAUAAAAAUAAAAAUGAAAACUUAGUUAAAGAUUGCUUAUCAUCUUUAAUAUGGAGACUAAGUAUAAUUAAUCCAAACCUACCUAGAACAUUAGAAAGAGUAAAUAUUUUAAUACCUAAUACAAAAGCAUGUGUAUUAGAAAAUUCAACUUUAGAAUUAUCAGUACUCUGUUAUUUAAUUUUAAUAGAAAAAGUAAAUAAUUGCUGUUUUCCUCUUGUAUUUUCAGAAUUAUAUUUAUUUAAUUUAAUGAUUAGAAAUAGCUAUAACUUAAUAUUAUGUGUUCCUAAAGCGAAGGAACGUAUUAAAAAUAAUUUACUUAUUAAGGCAUAUCAUUUUAUUUGUGUUUGCUCUGUUUUAUCUAAAAUUAUUAAAAAAAGGUUUAAUGAAUAUUAUAGUAAUAUUUAUAAAUUUAAAUGGAGACCUUUUGAUUUUCUUAAAAAAAUUUAUGAAACACUUUAUGAAAAUAGUAAUUUAAAAAUAUAUACAAAAAUUGUUUAUUACUGUAUAAGUAAUAUUAUGAGAAAUUUUCACUGGGAUAUUUUUUAUUCAUUAUAUAGUAAAUUAUUAGUUGAAUCAAAUUCUGAUAAUAUUAAAAGCACUAUUUCAUCUUUCAUUAAAGAUGAGUUGUUUAAGCAAAUGUCCUGUGUAAUUAAAAAUGUUGAUAUAAAAGAAUCAAAUAAAAAAGAAUAUGCAUUAAUUGAUAAUAAUAAUAAUAACAAUAAUACAAGUGAUAUAUAUUUAUCUUUUGAGAAGAAACAAGAAAAAAAAGAAAACAUUGAAACUUUUGAUAAAAAUGAAAUUAGUGUAAAUAAGAUAGGUAAUCAAAUAAGAAAAAUUAUCUUUACAUUAAUAAGUGAAGAAUCAGUAAUUUUAUAUAUUGACUCAAUUACUGUAGCAUUAAAUAUAGUUAAAAUGAUUUUAUUAAAUAAAAAUUUUCAUCCUUUUUAUAAAUUUAUUUUAAAUUAUGAUGAAAGUUCUAGUUGUUUUUUACAAAACAAAAUUAAGUAUUUUUAUGAACAAAUUAAAAUAGAGAAAGCAAUGUUAUUAAGUGACAAACAAAAAAAUGAAUCUUUAUCUUCUAAUACAGAAGAGAUGCUAGAAAAAGAAUUCUAUAUAAAUAAUACAAUAAAUAAUAUUAAUAUCAAUAAAUUAGAAAUUGUUGUUAUGCUUUUAGAGGAUAUAGAAAAAAAUAUUGAAAAAAUUAGGAUAAAUAAAAAAAAUUAA